CCAGUGCCUCUCACCACCAUCUGCUGACCACUCCUCUUGACAGAAACAGAGCGUCAUCUAUCAUACAACGAUUCAAGAUAUUUGAUCCAAAUCCAGAAUAAAAGGAGGAUAUCUUUAGAGAAGAAUGAGGAGGAGGCCUGGAAUUGGCGGGUUACAAACGGCUGCUGCUGCUCGGGACCAAUAUCGAUUAUUAGGAGAAAAUGUAGCGAAGUUAAGAACUGAUCUUAUGAAAGAACAGCUCGCCACUUUUCGCUCCCAGCUCGAAGAAUUUGCCCGCAAGCACAAGAAUGAUAUCCGCAAGAACCCAAGUUUCAGGGCGCAAUUCCACGAGAUGUGUGCUAAAGUUGGAGUGGAUCCACUGGCCUCGAAUAAGGGUUUUUGGGCAGAGCUGUUAGGGAUUGGCGACUUCUAUUACGAACUUGGUGUGCAAAUCGUUGAGAUAUGCUUGGCAACAAGACCUCACAAUGGAGGUUUGAUCAACCUUCAGGAACUGUGCACUCUACUUCGUCAGAAACGAAAAACUGGUCGUGAAGCUGUUUCCGAGGAUGACUGCUUGCGUGCUAUAAGUAAGCUUAAGAUUCUAGGAAGUGGUUUUGAGGUGAUAUCUGUUGGAAAAAGAAAGCUUGUUCGAUCUGUUCCGACUGAAUUGAACAAAGACCAUAAUGAAAUUCUGGAGCUGGCUCAGGCUCAAGGUUAUGUGACUGUUGAUGAGGUAGAGAAGCGACUUUCUUGGACAUCUGGUCGUGCUAUUGAUGCCCUUGAUACAUUAUUAGAUGAAGGUCUUGCUAUGAUUGAUGAUGGCCACAAGGAUGGCAAGCGCCGCUAUUGGUUCCCCUGUGUGUCUUCCGUAUCCUCUUCAGUAGGAGCUGAUGUCUAACAUGAUAUCUCAUCCACAAACUUUAUACAUGUACCCAUAUCAUAAGGUGCAAAAGGUAAUUUGAAGUUAUUUUAUUCCAUCCACAUGUCUGGCUGUGAAAGUAGCAAUGUAAAAUACAUUGAAUGCUAAAUUCAAUAGAGUAAAUGUAAAAGAACUGAUUCCCAUUAGUUCUUUCUGCAAUUUGCUAAUGUUUACUGUAAUCUAGCAUCAAUGCCUGUCAUUUUGCUUGUCUCUUAUUUUCUUGAGCCUGAUAUUAAAUAUUUGUGAAGGAUAUCUAACAAAAUAAGGGCCUGAAAAUCCACUUAUGUUAAGAGUGUGUGUGUAUGUAUGUUUGUAUAUAUUGAUUGCUUGUAAAUAUUAGCCAAUUCAAUUUUGCCAGUAUGCAACAUUUGAAAUUAAUUUAUGCAAUGUUUGAUAUGCCGUAAUCUCAAUAGAAUAUUUGAUUUUAUUAAACGUAGCCUUAAUCCAUUUAUCCUUUAUGCAUUGGUACUAACUAAGCAAACUUUCAAUAAGAUUCUAAUUCCAUAACAUGAACUUGAGCUUACAAUAGUUCGUUGAGAAUAUCCUCUCUAAUUGGAGUGUUAUGUGCCAAAUCAUUGACCUUGUAAAUAUUUGAAACUACUAAUAAUUGAGAUGUGUUUUCUUUUUGAUCUUUCACUCCUUUUCCCCAGGUUGUGAAGGAAGUUGUAAAGUACGUGCACUUCGGUCUUUUUUUUUUUUUUU